CAAUUCCUUUGAUGGAGUUGGCUUCUUCUUCAUCAUCAUCUUCAUCCUUCUUAAAAUCGAAACCUCAUUUCAUAUACGAUGUGUUCAUCAAAUUUUGGGGAGAAGACAUGCGGAGAAAACUCGUUUCUCAUCUCCAUUCUGUCCUUUUACAAGCUCAACUGAAAACAUUUAUUAGCAUGGAGAAUCUGGAGGAGGGAAUGCAGCUAGAAGAGCACAUGCGAGCACUAACAUGCUCUAAGAUAGCAAUAAUAGUUUUCUCCAAAACAUACACUGAAUCUACUUGCGGUCUUCGUGAGCUUGUAAAAAUCAUUGAAUGCGGACAAACUUUUGACCAAAUAGUAUUGCCAGUAUUUUACGAGAUUGACCGAUUCUAUGUACGUCAUCAGAUAGAUGGUUUACGAAAAGCGUUAGAAGAAGCUGCACACAAAAGCUAUUCAGGUGAACAACCGAAACAUGUAUUGUCCAGGUGGAGCCGAGCACUCACCAGAUCUGCAGAUCUAGGUAUCACUGAGUGGAAUAAUACAUACUCUAGGCAUGAUGCUGCACUUGUGGAGAAAAUUGUUAGUCGCGUUCAAAAAUUACUGGGUUAUGCAGACUUGUCUCAUACCCCAUUUCCUGUUGGAUUAGAGUCCCAUGUGGAAAAGGUGGUUGGAAGUAUUGAAAAUCAUUCCGCCAAAGUCUGUAUGGUAGGAAUAUGGGGAAUGUUAGGAUCAGGUAAAACUACCAUAGCCAAAGCCAUCUACAAUCAAAUUUAUCGUCAAUUCAUUGGUAAGAGUUUUAUUGAAAAUGUUGGACGAAAAUAUAUCCGUCGUAGUAGUGAGUUGCAAGAAAAACUUAUUUAUCAGGUCCUUCAAUCCAGGGUCAUGGUGGAAAGCCAUUGGAUGGAAAGAACUAUCAUCGGGGAUAAAUUUUCUAAAAAAAAGUUACUCAUUGUGCUUGAUGAUGUGACAGAGUUUUGGCAAUUAGAAAAUCUAUGUGGGAAUCGUGAAUGGUUCGGUCAAGGAACUGUGAUAAUCAUUACAACCAGAGAUGUUCGACUACUGAACCAACUCAAAGUUGAUUUUGUUUAUAAAAUGGAUUUGAUGAACGAAAAUGAUUCCCUUGAGCUUUUAUGUUGGCAUGCCUUUAGAGAUGCAAAACCAAGAGAAGACUCCAAUGAACUUAUAAGAGAGAUAGUUACUUAUUGUGGAGGACUACCACAAGCUCUUGUGGCCCGUGGUUCCUAUUUAUAUAGUAAGAGAUUUACACUGGGUGAAAGUACAAUUUUACGUCGACAAAUACUUGAUCGUUAUCACGUUCUAGACAAUUUGGGUGAAAGUUUUCAUUUUUUACGUAAUGACAUGGAAAAGGAUAUAUUUCUUGAUGUAUGUUGUUUCUUUAUUGGUAAAGACAGAGGUUAUGUCACAGAGAUACUAAAUGGGUGUGGACUACAUGCUGAUAUUGCAAUAACAGUUCUCAUAGAACGUGGCCUCGUAAAAGUUGAAAGGAAUAAUAAACUUGAAAUGCAUCCUCUGUUACGAGACAUGGGAGGAGAAAUUACUCGUAAAACAUGGCCAAUGUUUCCGAAGGAAUGGAGUCGGUUAUGGUUUCAUGAGGAUGUAAAAGAUGUACUGAGAAAUAAAACUGGGUCACAAGCUACUCAGGGAUUGUCCCUGAAAUUGCAUUCAACCAGCAGAGAUUGCUUCGAAGCAGAUGCUUUCAAGGAAAUGAAGAGAUUGAGACUGCUACAACUGGAUCACGUACAACUUGUAGGAGAUUAUGGGUACCUUUCUAAAGAACUGAGAUGGAUUUGUUGGAAAGGGUUUCCUUCACGAUACAUUCCAAACAACUUUCAUAUGACAAAUGUAAUUGCAAUUGAUUUAAAGCAUAGUCAUCUUCAACUCGUCUGGAAACAAGCCCGGGUUUUAAAGUGGUUAAAAUUCCUUAAUCUUAGUCACUCCAAGUACUUGAGAAAAACACCUGACUUUGCAGGACUACCAAGUCUUGAACAACUAAUUCUAAAAGAUUGUCCAAGUUUGUGCAAGGUACACCCAUCUAUUGGAGAUCUCUGUAAUUUGCUACUGAUAAAUUUGAAGGACUGCACAAGUCUAAGCAGUCUCCCGAGAGAGGUGUAUCAGCUGAAAUCUUUAAAAACUUUCAUCCUCUCUGGUUGUUUGAAGAUUGACAUAUUGGAGGAAGAUAUAGUGCAGAUGAAAUCCUUGAUAACACUAAUCUCUGAAAACACAGCUGUGAAACAAGUGCCAUGUUCAAUUGUAAACUCAAAACACAUGGGAUAUAUAUCCGUACGUGGGUUUGAAGGAUUGUCACAUAAUAUUUUGUCUUCUAUUAUUCGGUCAUGGAUGUCACCAAUAAUGAAUUCCCGAUCUUACAUUAGGCCAUUGUGCAUGGAUAUGGAAAAUGAUGAUUGGCGAGACCUUGCACCAUUGCAUAGCUGCCUCACAAAUAUUCGAAGCAUUUUGGUUCAAUGUGACACGGAGUUUCAACUAUCUAAGCAGCUAAACACAAUUUUUGUGGAAGACGGUGUAAAUUUUACAGAAUCAACAAAUCAUAGUUUGAGGUUUUCCUUGAUUGGUGUUGGAAGUUGCAAUGAAUUCUUGAACACUCUCAGCGAUGGCGUUUCUAAGGUACAGGGAUUGGCAAGUAGAGAGUGUUGUGAUGUUAGUCUCCCAUGUGACAACCAUCCUUAUUGGUUGGGCCAUAGGGGUGAGGGACAUUCAGUAUCGUUCACUGUGCCUAAGGAUUGUGAAAUGAAGGGAAUGGCUUUGUGUGUUGUUUAUUCAUCAACCCCUGAAAUAGUGGCAACUGAAUGUCUUAGAAGUGUCUUAAUAGUUAACUACACAAAGUGCACAUGUCAAAUACACAAGCAUGACACUGUAAUGUCCUUUAACGAUGAAGAUUGGCAUGCCAUAAUGUCAAAUUUAGAAUCUGAAGACAAGGUUGAGAUUUUUGUGAGUUUUGGUCAUGGAUUGGUGGUCAAGAACACAAUGGUCUAUUUCAUAUACCGUGAGUCAAAAUGACUUGGAAAGAGAAACUUGGCGAAAAAACUAAUUCAUUAGAUUCAAAUAUAAAAUUGUAAUGUGACUUCUGCUAAGUUAUUUAUCUUCUUUGGGAACAGCAUGAUCCCUUUAGUUAUG